AUGGUCUCCGCUAUUUCCCUAACUGGGGCGCGCCAACGCGUGUUCAGCUCGGUUUUCUCCCCCGCCUCUCUUGAUGCUCAGCCUGCAUUCGCGUCAUUUCAAUCGAGUGCCUCUUCGUCAACCGUAAGAACGGGAUCCUUCCUCUCCAAUCCGAACCAACAGUUCCAAUCUGGCGAGUCUUCGCUUGAUCAGGAUACCUGGGACCAAGCAUGGACGGCGGCAAUUUCCUUUCUUUCGAUCCCGAACCGCGGAUUUGCUCCAAUCUACGAAUCUAGAGAUACCGAUGGCAGCGACGCGCUGAAAGAAUGGAACCGACUCAGUCCACCAUCGAAAGAGACGGCGGCGGCCUUAGAAUGCUUGAUUCACGCAGAUCAGCAUGCGCGUGGUCCGAGGAACCUCUUUGAUUGGUACGGGGAUGAGAUACGAAGGCAUUUCUUAACCAACCUUCGUAGUGGACUCUACGAGCUUCUGAAACCCCCGGAAAAAGACGGCCUUCUUCGGACGAUUGUGAAUUGCUUACAGCUAGCCCGCCGCAUUUACCUAGCGCCAGUCGUACACUAUCUGUUACCGUUACUUCCAACAACCGAGCAAGGGCGUGUGUUGACGCAAAUCCAACGAUGCUUUCAUACUGUGGUUUCUUACUCCCUGCAGUGGUCGCAUGUAUCACCACUGUUAGCCCGAGAACUUGCGCAGGAUGCACUGAUUAUCUUGGGUAUCGAUUCUUUGGUUCCAGAGCCUACCGAUGAAAUUAUACAGGAUGUCAUGGAUGUGGAUCGGCAAUAUUCGGUAUCGUACAAAGAGUGGAAAGCCGAGAGCUCAGAAGUGCGCGCGCGGAUGAUGACUGAAGGUGAACAACCUCGUGUCACGAUGUCCCGAGAUCGACUUCUGGCUUUUCUCAAUGGUCUUCAGUUGGUUGGGCUGGGGGGUGACAAGGCCCAAAAGGUGUUUGCCAGCGUGAUGAAUAUUAUGAUGACCGAUUUUGUCCGUGCCGCAUACACCGAACAGUGGGAAUCGCCAACUUCAGUAUCGCUGCACUUGCGUCACUGGGUGGAGAACGUUUUUGCAAGACUAGCAGUGCAAGCUCUAGCAAUCAUACACACGCCUACAUCAAGUAGCCAAUCAGCUGGCGCCUUAGAUGUUAGCUUUGGCGACGUCGAAAAGUGGCAAGAAAUAGGAAUCGCUCGUCUAGGAGCUCUUCGUACGAGCGAGCUUUUUGAUGUCAUUGUCGAAUGGCCUGUGAGCAGCGGUGCCAUUGAAGACCUGCGGCACUUCACAACGCAUCCCGCAGCUCGAGCAUAUGUGACGCAAUCUUUCAUUACUACUUUGAACCAACGCUUGCUACACCCUGGUGCUUCCACGGUCGAGAUAUUACAAAUCUAUAUCUCAAUAAUACGAGCAUUUCACCUCUUGGACCCGAAGGGUGUUUUGCUAGACCGCAUUGCCCGACCAAUUCGACGAUAUCUGAGAGACCGGGAUGACACUGUGAAGGUCAUUGUCAGCGGUUUACUAGCCGAGCCAACAGCUAGCGAAGUAUCCGCAUUGCCUUCCCCGAAUGAUACGCUGGUUGAAUUGGCCACAGAGCUAUCCAGAGCACACCAGCUCUCUGUGCAAAAUAAUGCCAGCGAGUUGGACUGGGACGACAUGAACUGGGCUCCCGAUCCUGUUGACGCGGCACCGGACUACCGCAAAUCCAAGAGCUCAGAUGUCAUAGAUAGUCUAAUCAGUCUCUUCGAUUCGAAAGAGACCUUUGUGAAAGAGCUCCAAACCCUCCUCGGUGACCGUCUCCUCCAAAAACGCGAAAACUAUGAUCAAGAAAUCUCAGUUCUUGAGCUUCUCAAAGUACGAUUUGGGGACUCGGCCCUACAAGCUUGCGAGGUCAUGCUUCGUGAUAUAUCCGACUCGAGACGUGUUGAUGCUGUCGUUCGCAACGACCAAGGCCUUUCCAAACCACGUUCACGUGUUCACUCGAAAUCCAAGCGCCCCGCGUACCCUGGUAUUCCAGAACUCCACGCCAAAAUCUUGUCACGCUUCUUCUGGCCCGAGAUCCAAGACCUGGCAUUCAAGAUUCCCGACGAGAUUGCCUCCUUGCAAGAACGCUACUCAGCCGGAUUCGAGGCCCUUAAACAGUCGCGCAAGCUUACAUGGCGUAAUGGGCUGGGCCAAGUCCUUGUGGAACUGGAGCUCGGUGACCGCACCUUUGCCGAGGAAGUAAGCACCUGGCAAGCGACCGUCAUUCACGCAUUCCAGUCUCCGACUGAAGACUGUGUCACAAGAGACGUGUCUGAUCUCGCUGACGCCCUCAAUAUGGCCCCUUCACUUGUACGUUCUGCGUGCCUGUUUUGGGUAAGCAAGCGUAUUCUAGUGGAAGUAUCCCGCGACACAUUCCGCGUACUUGAAUAUCUCCCGACCGAGGUCGAUGCCCCCGCGACCCACGGUCCCGAGUCCGACGCGCUCUCGGAGGGCCAUCUCGGAGACGCAGCUGAUACCGCAGCCGCGGCGGAAGCUGCGGCAGCAGAAGCGGCGAAGGAGACUGCUGAGGCGGCGGCAAUGGAAAAGAUGAAUCUUUACUGGCAGUUCAUUGUGGGCAUGCUGACGAACCAGGGUGCUAUGCCGUUGCAGCGUAUUGUGAUGAUGUUGAAAAUUGUGGUGCCUGGUGGGUUCCCGUUUAGUAACGAGGAGUUGCGGGAUUUCCUGGCUGGCAUGGUAUCACGGGGUAAAUUAGAAAUCGCAAGUGGUGGCAACUAUAAACUUGUGCAUUGA